AUGGCGCCCUCGAAUUCGCGACCCAGAUCCACCCGUCCUAUGCGGUCUAGCCGGACCAAGGUGAAGACAUACAAUGAGGAGACUUCUUCAGAUGAGACAACCCGAAUCUCACGAUCUGAGCGUGCAUCGGUAUCCCUCCGGUCGCGCAGUACAACUCGAAUGCCAAGAUCCUAUCGCGAAGAAUCAACCGAUGCUAGCUUCAAUGAGCCUGUGGAAGACCAAAAUUCCCAAUCAUUGGUAGCUGCACCAACGGAAGAGCAAUAUCUGGCCUCUGAAUUUGUGCCUACCCCUCGGCCCCCCAGACGGUCGCAGCCUCGACGCACCCCAAACCCAAAGCCAAAGCAGACUAAACGACCAUCCCGAACUAGGGGCCAGGUAGGAAGAACUUUGCACAAGCGCGCCAAGACCGACCACGAUCACGGGAUAAUCUUGGGAUCGGGCGUCAUUCCUCCAUGGCAAACGCUGCCAUAUCAUGUCCUCAUGGACAUCUUCCUGCGCGCGUCCUACCCAUUGCUCGAUGAAGGUCGAUCAGACCGCAAUGAUUCUGUCAAGUGGCUGGUGAAUGUUGCUUUGCUUUGUCGAAGUUUCCAGGAACCUGCGCUCGCUGCACUUCUUCAUUGUCCGCCGCUAUUACCUGCUCACAAAACCCAUGCCCUUCUUAGUCUCUUAUCACAACCAUUAGAUUCUCUCUCUAUGAACUACGCUAGCAAGAUCAAGAAGCUCCAUGUUGAAGUUGAACCUGUGCUCCUGCUUAAGAGUGGACCUACUCUUGGCUAUUUUGACCUCGCGAAACUGAUUGAGAAGACACCCCAAGUACACACAGUGCGUCUUUAUCACAAAGAUGAUUACACUGUGGGAAUCCCUCCGUGGCACAUUACCCUGUCGAGGUGGAUUUAUCCAAAUCCUCUUCUUGAUGCUAUCAACGAUAGUGGUGUUAUCCUUCGAAGUUGGGAUUGGAAUGGUCGUUUCUAUGAAACUGAUAUACUUCUUGAAUUGAUGGCGCACUAUCACCUGGGACCGGCCUUCCGUGGUCUGCGAGAGCUUAAACUACUUCACCUCAACGAUGCUCAGCCAGACGAGUACUCUGGCGAGGGAGGAGGUUGUUUAGUAGAUGGAAUCAAACGUCUUCAAGAGAUCGAGCGAUUGGAAUUCCUUGAAUGUUCAAUGGUCAGCGGUCAAGUGUUGACCAAUCUACCGCAUACGAUUCGCUCUCUCACUCUGAGAAACUGUGACCGCAUGUGGUCAACGGAUCUCACGGCCUUCCUGACCUCACAUGGCACAAAUCUUCAAAAACUCAGUCUUAGUCACAAUCGCCAUCUCAGCAUGUCUUUUAUCCAAACUCUGGGGCAGACUUGCCCAAAUCUGGAACUCUUCAAAAUGGAUCUUUCCAUGCAUGACGGGUCCAGUUACCACGAUGUUGAGCCCCACUUCGACCAGCUACUUCUUCAAAGCGAGACCCCCACAUGGCCUGUGAAGCUUCAAGAAAUUGAACUCAUCCAGUUACGCAAAUGGGAUGAUGCCACUGCAGAGGUCUUUUUUACUUCGCUGGUAAAUGCGGCGCCUGAUCUCCGUGAUCUACGAAAACUGGGCAUCAGCGCCAUCCUGAAGAUUGGAUGGCGUGACCGUGCGACAUUUCGCGAAAAAUGGAUCAGCAAACUUGAAAAAGUCUUCCUUCGUCGAAGUCUGCCACCAAACCCAAAUCUUCGUUCGCUUCGCAAGCGCCAACUGAACCCUGAUAACCCGGCAGCUCUGGAUGGUAGUGAAACCAACAUCGAUGAAUCGCGCCCAGGAACCGAUGAUAGCGGACCGUCAACUUCUACCAAACGUCAGAGCACGCGCCUGGCGCAGCAAAGUUCGGUCGAAGCCGACGAUGCCACCGCUAGUUCUUCACGGAGAACCUCUCCUUCCGAGUUUGGCAAGAUCCAGGGGAUGUGUGAUAUCGUCAACAUUCGAAUCGACAAUCAGCGACCGACAGAGAUGCAAUAUAACGAGAAUGACUUUCUUGAUGAUGAGCUUAGUGGUGAUGAAGACUGGGAUGGUGCCGACUUCGAGCCUGCUCCAGGACAUGCGUGGUAA